GUAAUCGGUUCGCAAUUUAUCCCGUGUGACCUUGAGCCUUUCCUGCGUCCGAGGACCAGGGCUGUCUGAGAUGCUGCCUUCAUACACCCCUUCCUCUCAUUAACUCUCACUGAGCCCAGAGCUGCUGCGGCUGGAACGGGAGGCCAGGAUUUUUUCAAAAAUCAUGCUGCGGAGCACAUUAUCCUUACGCCCUGGCUCCGGGAGCGGCAGUCAGGCCGUCUCUGGUCAGGCGGCGAGGGCGGCGCCUCAGCGGAAGAGCGGGCCUUCGGGCUGCAGUGACCAACCCCCGCCCCUCACCCCACGUGGUCGGAGGCUUCCAGAAGCGCAGCCACCACCGCGCCGUACAGCUCCCGGCCGCCCGAGCGCUUGUUUGUUGCUUCGUGCUCCCUUCGUCUAGCCGCCAUGAUAAGCGCUAGCCGAGCCGCGGCAGCUCGUCUCGUGGGCGCCGCAGCUUCUCGGGGCCCCACGGCCGCCCGCCACCAGGAUGGCUGGAAUGGCCUUAGUCAUGAGGCUUUUAGAAUCGUUUCAAGGCGGGAUUAUGCAUCAGAAGCAAUCAAAGGAGCAGUUGUUGGUAUCGAUUUGGGUACUACCAACUCUUGUGUGGCUGUUAUGGAAGGUAAACAAGCAAAGGUAUUGGAGAAUGCUGAAGGUGCAAGAACCACCCCUUCAGUUGUGGCCUUUACAGCAGAUGGUGAGCGACUUGUUGGCAUGCCUGCCAAGCGACAGGCUGUCACCAAUCCAAAUAAUACAUUCUAUGCUACCAAGCGCCUCAUUGGCCGGAGAUACGAUGACCCUGAAGUACAGAAAGACAUUAAAAAUGUUCCCUUUAAAAUUGUCCGUGCCUCCAAUGGUGAUGCCUGGGUUGAGGCUCAUGGAAAACUCUAUUCUCCAAGUCAGAUUGGAGCAUUUGUAUUGAUGAAGAUGAAAGAGACUGCAGAAAAUUACUUGGGGCACACAGCAAAAAAUGCUGUGAUUACAGUACCAGCUUACUUCAAUGACUCCCAGAGACAGGCCACUAAGGAUGCUGGCCAGAUAUCUGGACUGAAUGUGCUUCGAGUGAUUAAUGAGCCCACAGCUGCUGCUCUGGCCUAUGGUCUAGACAAAUCAGAAGACAAAAUCAUUGCUGUAUAUGAUUUAGGUGGUGGGACUUUUGAUAUUUCUAUCCUGGAAAUUCAGAAAGGAGUAUUUGAGGUGAAAUCUACGAAUGGAGACACUUUCUUAGGUGGUGAAGACUUUGACCAGGCCUUGCUACGACACAUAGUGAAAGAGUUCAAGAGAGAGACAGGGGUUGAUUUGACCAAAGACAACAUGGCACUUCAAAGGGUGCGGGAAGCUGCUGAGAAGGCUAAAUGUGAACUCUCCUCAUCUGUGCAGACUGACAUCAACUUGCCAUAUCUUACAAUGGAUGCUUCUGGACCCAAACAUUUGAAUAUGAAGUUGACUCGUGCCCAAUUUGAGGGGAUCGUCACUGAUCUAAUCAGGAGGACUAUUGCUCCAUGCCAAAAAGCUAUGCAAGACGCAGAAGUCAGCAAGAGUGACAUAGGAGAAGUGAUUCUUGUUGGUGGCAUGACUAGGAUGCCUAAGGUUCAGCAGACCGUGCAGGAUCUCUUUGGCCGAGCCCCAAGUAAAGCUGUCAAUCCUGACGAGGCUGUGGCCAUUGGAGCUGCUAUUCAGGGAGGUGUGUUGGCUGGUGAUGUCACAGAUGUGCUGCUCCUGGACGUCACUCCCCUAUCUUUGGGUAUUGAGACUCUGGGAGGUGUCUUUACCAAGCUUAUUAACAGGAACACCACUAUUCCAACCAAGAAGAGCCAGGUGUUUUCUACAGCUGCUGAUGGACAGACUCAAGUGGAGAUUAAAGUAUGUCAGGGUGAGAGAGAGAUGGCUGGAGACAACAAACUUCUGGGACAGUUUACUUUGAUUGGAAUUCCCCCAGCCCCUCGUGGAGUCCCGCAGAUUGAAGUUACAUUUGAUAUUGAUGCCAAUGGGAUCGUACAUGUUUCUGCAAAAGAUAAGGGCACAGGACGUGAGCAGCAGAUUGUAAUCCAGUCUUCUGGUGGGUUAAGCAAAGAUGAUAUUGAAAAUAUGGUUAAAAAUGCAGAGAAGUAUGCUGAGGAAGAUCGACGAAAGAAGGAACGAGUUGAAGCAGUUAAUAUGGCUGAAGGAAUCAUUCAUGACACAGAAACCAAGAUGGAAGAAUUCAAGGACCAAUUGCCUGCUGAUGAGUGCAACAAGCUAAAAGAAGAGAUUUCCAAAAUGAGGGAGAUCCUGGCCAGAAAAGACAGUGAAACAGGAGAAAACAUUAGGCAGGCAGCAUCCUCCCUUCAACAGGCAUCACUGAAGCUCUUCGAAAUGGCAUACAAAAAGAUGGCAUCUGAGCGAGAAGGCUCUGGAAGUUCUGGCACUGGGGAACAAAAGGAAGAUCAAAAGGAGGAGAAACAGUAGUAAAUUUCGGAGCCAAAAGGACAACAUGAAGCUUGGGAGUGAAGGGACUUCCUGAGCAGAAAUAAGCAAACUUCAGUCUUCUUACUGUGUUUUUGCAGUAUUCUAUAUAUAAUUUCCUUAAUUUGUAAAUUUAGUGACUGUUAGCUAAUGAUCAUUUAAUGGGCAAUAAUUCCAACAGUACAAAGUUCACAAUGUUCUGUCCCUAGCCUGUCAUUUUUCAGCUGCAUGUAGAAGGGUAUAAAGACUUAACGUUGUUUUGUGCUGAAGUGGCCAUAUUUUUAAGGAAUCAAACCAUCUCACACAUAACAGUGAAGAUAGCCAUAGACUGGGGAUGAGAUCUUUUUCUAGUUAGACAAAGUACUGCUGUACUGGCAUGUGUGUAGGUGGGGUCCAUCAUAUCGUCUGAGGCCUUGCAAGGCAAGCUGGCUGUGCCAUGUUUGUAGAUCGGGCAGAAGCAGCAAGAAUGGAAACCUAAGCUUAUUUAUGUUAGGUACAGUUGUUAAAGGUAGUAAUGAGGCUCCCUAACUUGCCUGAGGCAUACUAUUCUAGCUACCUUUUGGCUUGUCUGGCAUCUAUAUCAUUGAUGAUUGUUCUUUUGAUCCAGUCUGGAUUUUUUUUUUAAAAAAAAUAAAUAUGAAAAGCA